UUUGAGCAUAAUGGCUCACCUCAGAUCAUGUUAAAAAUAAAAUAAAAUGAAUGCCUUUACGGCCAACCUUCGUUGCAAAGACAAUCGAACUGUCAUUCGAAGAAAAUCGAACUGUCAUUCUCAUUACUCCUAAGUCCUAAUAAAGAAAGAAAUAGACUCAACAUCCAGACUCCAGGAAGACCGAGAUUGAGCGCGAGAGAGAGAGAGCCAGUCUUCGUUUUACGCAACGGUCAUUUCCGUCUCUCAAUUCGCUCUUCCUCUUCUCUAAAUAAGCAAAAUUUUCGGGUUUUUGAAAGUCUCCGAUCUGCUCAAGAGUCUGAAUAUUCGAAUGCCGUACGGGACUUGAAUUCCCGAAUCGGAAGAGUUUUGGAGGGAAAUUGAAUUCUUCUUCGGUGAACUCUAGGGUUUUGGAAUUCGAUUUCGUAAAACCAAGAUCAAAAUAUCAUGUUAUCGAAUCACCUUCAGAAUGGGAUCGAGACUGCGAGGCUCGCGUGGUCGCGGCUACCGAACGCCGAGGAAGGCGAGCAAGAAGACAUAGGGCUCGUGCAGAGAAGCGAUGGGAGUAGCAGCGUUGAGAGCCUUGACUACGAAGUCGUCGAGAACUAUGCCUAUUGGGAAGAGCAGGCACAGAGAGGAAAGCUCUACGUUGGAUAUAAUGUAAUGGUGAAGUGGUUCUUUUCUUUGCUUAUUGGCAUAGGUACUGGAUUAGCUGCCGUUUUCAUAAAUCUUUCUGUUGAGAACUUUGCUGGCUGGAAGUUUGCAUUGACUUUUGCUAUAAUACAAAAAUCAUAUGUGGCCGGGUGUUUCGUUUACGUAUUAAUCAACUUAGUUCUAGUCUUUUCGUCUGUAUAUAUUGUCACGAAUUUUGCACCAGCAGCAGCUGGGUCCGGAAUUCCUGAAAUCAAGGGUUAUUUGAAUGGAAUUGAUAUUCAUGGUAUCCUUCUUUUCAGAACCUUGAUUGGAAAGAUAUUUGGAAGCAUUGGCUCAGUGGGAGGUGGUCUAGCUCUAGGCAAAGAAGGUCCUCUUGUUCAUACUGGUGCUUGUAUUGCUUCUUUGCUUGGACAGGGUGGAUCCACAAAAUAUCAUCUAAGUUCCAGAUGGUUGCAAGUUUUUAAGAGUGAUCGGGAUCGCCGUGAUCUUGUAACCUGUGGGUGUGCAGCUGGAGUUGCUGCUGCUUUUAGAGCUCCAGUUGGUGGUGUAUUAUUUGCAUUGGAAGAAGUUACAUCUUGGUGGAGGAGUCAACUUAUGUGGCGUGUCUUCUUUACUUCUGCUGUUGUGGCUGUUGUGGUGCGUACUGCAAUGGGGUGGUGUAAGAGUGGAAAAUGUGGACAUUUUGGCUCUGGUGGCUUCAUAAUCUGGGAUAUAUCAGGUGCUCAAGAGGACUACUCUUUUGAGGAGAUGCUGCCAAUGGCAAUUAUUGGAGUUAUUGGAGGUCUACUAGGAGCCCUGUUUAACCAACUUACUCGUUAUAUAUGUUAUUGGCGCCGAAAUCAUUUACACAAGAAAGGGAACCGAGUCAAGAUUAUUGAAGCAUGCCUUGUCUCCCUGAUAACCUCAUUUAUUUCCUUUGGAUUACCACUUUUAAGAAAAUGCAGUCCAUGUCCUGAUUCGGAUCCUGAUUCUGGUAUAGAAUGCCCAAGGCCACCUGGAAUGUAUGGGAAUUAUGUAAAUUUUUAUUGCAGUAAGGAUAAUGAAUACAAUGACCUUGCAACUAUAUUCUUCAAUACUCAGGAUGAUGCCAUAAGGAAUUUGUUCAGUGCAAAAACAAUUCAUGAGUACAGUGCCCAAAGUUUGUUGACCUUUUUGGUUAUGUUUUAUACCCUAGCUGUGGUGACAUUUGGUACUGCAGUCCCAGCUGGUCAAUUUGUUCCCGGAAUAAUGAUAGGAUCAACUUAUGGACGUCUAGUUGGCAUGUUUGUUGUUAACUUUUACAAGAAGCUCAACAUCGAAGAGGGAACAUAUGCUCUACUGGGAGCUGCUUCUUUUCUCGGAGGUUCAAUGCGGAUGACAGUCUCUCUUUGUGUCAUUAUGGUUGAGAUCACAAAUAACUUGAAACUUUUACCUCUGAUCAUGCUUGUUCUUCUAAUUUCAAAGGCUGUUGGUGAUGCUUUUAAUGAAGGCCUAUAUGAGGAACAAGCACAACUGAGGGGCAUUCCAUUACUGGAAUCUAGACCUAAGUACCAGAUGCGUAAAAUGGCAGCUAAAGAGGCCUGUGGACAAAGGGUGGUCUCCUUCCCUCGUGUUGUUAAGGUUGCAGAUGUAGUUUCUAUUUUGCAGAGCAACAAACAUAAUGGUUUUCCUGUGAUUGAUCACACAAGAAAUGGGGAAACGCUUGUCAUCGGACUUAUGCUUCGCAGUCAUAUGUUGGUACUUCUUCAGUCAAAGGUAGAUUUCCAGCACAGUCCUUUGCCCAGUGAUACAAGAGCUGGAUCCAGGCCUACAAGGCACACUCCGAGUGAAUUUGUCAAACCUGUUUCCAGUAAAGGAUUAACUUUGGAUGAUAUACAUCUUAGUCCUGAUGACUUGGAAAUGUACAUAGAUCUUGCCCCAUUUUUGAAUCCAUCUCCAUACAUUGUCCCUGAAGAUAUGUCUCUGACAAAGGUAUAUAAUCUUUUCCGCCAACUAGGUUUGAGACAUAUAUUUGUUGUCCCUCGUCCAUCUCGUGUGAUUGGUCUGAUAACCCGGAGGGAUUUGUUGAUUGAGGAUAAUGAGGAAUCAGCUACAGUGGAGCUCCAAUCGACCAGUGUAAGAGCACGGCAUCAUGAUAGAAGAGUAUCUAUGGGGAAUGGGGAUGCAGAACUCCCACUUCUCAAUGGUCUUCUGGUCCAAGGUCAUACAUCCAGCUGAUGUUGCUGUCCUAUCUUCCUUGAAGAUUCAUUCAUUCUGCUUACUACAAUUCUUUCCUGAAUCUAAUUCUUUCUUCUAU